GUUCAACCAAAACAUCAAAUGCUCUUCUUCAAUAACCGUGGGAAAACUGCGCUGGACUUUGCCCGUCGCCUCUCAUCUAGGCUCUAGCUCACCACAAUAUUUACACGAUUCAAUCCUCUCCCUAGUCCAAAAUGCCCUCUAAAGGAUGGUUCAACCUUGAAUCCGCGGGUGGCAUGAUCCCCGAGACCCAGUUUUUCGAGGGGGACUCUGCCUUCAAGUUCCUCGGCCUUACUCGUACGCAGAGAUUAUACGGCUUUGUUGGAUGUCUCAUCAUGGGGUUCGCCCUCAGUUUACUAGGCAGCAUAUUGCUUUUCUUGGGUCAGCUCGGUAGUUUUGCAGUUUUGUACACUAUUGGUAUCUUGGUAUCCCUCGUUGGUACCGGUUUCGUCAUUGGAUUUGCUUCGCAAAUCAAGCUCAUGUUCAAACCCGUACGAAUCAUUGCCACAGUCGUAUUUCUCGGCUCAGUAGGUCUCGUCUUUGUCGGCGCCUUCGUACUCAAGAGCGAGAUACUAUGCAUCGUUUUCGUCAUUGUCGAAUACCUUGCCUACACCUGGUACAACCUAUCGUACAUCCCAUACGCCCGAUCAGCUGUGCUCAAACUCGUCGGAAUGAAUUAAUUUGAUGACAUGUAUGUUUACAAGAUCAUGAUGGAUAGUGCCUGAGGCCUGAUGUGCUGCUGCUUUGCAAUGCUAUAUGAUCUUAAUCAAUACAUUUGUAGAAUUCGUUCCCUUAGCCAGAUAAUUAA